GGAUAAGAGUAGAAAGCUUUUUGGAGCUCUAUUUUAAGCCCUCCGCACCCUUCUUCUCCAUUCCAUCCCAAAAGAACCCAUUUCUCUGCAAUGGAAGAUCCUCUGCACAGACUCCAAUCUUCUUCUUCUUCUUCUUCUUCUUCUUCUUCAGAUAUCAAAAAUGGCGUCAAAGAAAAGAUCUCCAAAAAGGUUAAACUCGGCAACGACGGCAAGCAUCCUACCUACCGCGGCGUCCGAAUGCGACAAUGGGGAAAAUGGGUAUCGGAAAUCAGAGAACCAAAGAAGAAAUCCAGAAUUUGGUUAGGCACAUUCUCCACGCCGGAAAUGGCCGCUAGAGCUCACGACGUCGCUGCUAGAACCAUCAAAGGCCAUUCCGCUUACCUCAACUUCCCUGAAUUGGCUCACUGCCUCCCCCGUCCUGCUACCUCCUCGCCUAACGACAUUCGAGCCGCUGCUGCUAAAGCCGCCUCGUUUACCACUGACGACCACCACCACAUCAUCGCCGCCGCUCAAUCCGACCUCAAUCACAAUCGCUCCACUUCCUCCUCCUCCGUCGCUGCGAAAUCGCCCGGGGAAAUCGACGAUCCUUUCUUCGAUCUUCCCGAUCUGUUCCUUGAUCCUAAUCACCAAAUCGGUACAUUCUGUUACUCGCAAUUUCUUCCGAUUGAGAGCUUCGACUCUGUUCUCGCUCCGCCACCGUCGCCGCCGCCGUCUGAAUAUUUCGCCUACAGAGGUAGCCUACUCUAGGUCGCCGCCGCUGUCGCCUCUACUGCAGAAGGCUGCAGAUUUUGAUUUUGAUUUUUUUAAACCCUAAUACCAAAUCAGGAAAUUUUUCUCUCUCUCUUUUU